GUAGGCAAAGAGCGAUUUGAAGCAUUACCGCCACCAUCUGGUACGUCUCCAUUACCCAUCAGCCCCUGCUUGGUUGUUUGUAGCAUGGUUUGUAGGAGCUGCGAGAGCAUUUAGCUGUGACCUUACUUUUGGGGACGUUCAACUGUCGUCAUGGGUGAAAGAAAAGGAACAAACAAGUACUAUCCUCCAGAUUUCGACCCGGCCAAGCAUGGAUCGCUUAAUGGCUACCAUAAAACCCAUGCUCUCAGGGAGAGGGCCAGGAAACUGUCCCAGGGCAUCCUCAUUAUCAGGUUUGAGAUGCCCUACAACAUCUGGUGUGACGGCUGUAAAAAUCACAUUGGCAUGGGUGUGCGCUACAAUGCUGAAAAGAAGAAAGUGGGGAACUACUACACCACGCCAAUCUACAGGUUCAGGAUGAAGUGUCACCUGUGUGUUAACUACAUCGAGAUGCAAACAGACCCGGCCACCUGCGACUAUGUGAUCGUGAGCGGCGCACGCAGGAAAGAAGAGCGCUGGGACAUGGCUGACAAUGAGCAGAUCCUUACCACAGAGCGAGCAGAGAAGGAGAAGCUGGAGACUGAUGCCAUGUUCAAACUUGAUCACGGUGGAAAAGAUAAGGAGAAGCUCAGAAAGGCUCUGCCGUCCCUGUUGGAGAUCCAGGACCAUCAGUCUGGCUGGAAGGAUGACUUCCAGCUCAACAGCGCCCUCCGCAGGAAGUUCAGAAUGGAGAAGAAAGUUCUGGCCGAGCAGGAGGAGAAGGACAACGCUGUGAGAAUGAGGACGAACCUGUCCAUCCCACUGCUGCCGGAGAAGGAGGACGACAAGAAACUGGCUGCUCUCCUCACUUACCAAGCACCUGACUCUUAUGAAGACAAACAGCACAGCAAGCGGAAAGAGAUCUCCUCUCGUUCAUGGUUCAAAUCCCCAGUGGGCACACCAGGGGGCGCUGCAGGCAGCCUUCUGCACAAACUCAGACUGCAGGGGAAAGAAACAGUGGCAGCCAAAGCCCUUGGCUCCUCCCACAGCCCACUCAUCCGCAGACGCUCUGGAGAACCUGGAAACAAAACUGAAGCCAGCGCCACCGUCACCUGCAGACAGUCGGACGCUGAAGUCGUCACACGUGAAGGUCAAAGUUCAAACAUGUCUCACACACCGGACAUCAGCAGAGGAGCAGGCGUGUCGCUGGUGGCAGACUACAGUGACUCCGACUCAGAUGCUGGACAGUGAUGGACAGUGGUCCUCACAAGACCAUUCAAUGAGACAUUUUCUGUUUUCUGCGUGUUUUCAAACAGGAAACAGGAAGUUGGUGUCACUUUGUAAACUGCUGAACCAAAGUCACUCACAGACGCUACAAUCACCAUAUUGAGCAGCAUACUCUGGUGUGUAGAAGUGAGAGAACAGUAACUUUGAUGUUUUCAGGAAGUUUAGAGCUCGUAAAUGUUUCAUUUGUGCAAUAAUUGCUCAAACAAAAGACAUUUCAUUACAUGGAGUAUGUCAUUUAAAUGUUUAUUGGAUGAAAGGGAUUGUACAACCCGUAAGUGUGCUUGUAUAAAUGUAGAAUUGUUUUAAAAUAAAAAUCCUGUUUUUGUUUUA